CAAUAGUUCUGUUCACGUCUCAUAAAAUGGAUUCAGUGUAUGAAAAUACUAGUUUCAUGUUUUCAACAGUUGCUUCAGGUGAAAAAUGCUCUCAAUACAAAGGUAAUUCUAAAGUUCUUCUGAUUGUUUUGGCUGUCUGUCUGGUUUUUGCUCUUGGAGGUCUCUGUAUUCUGGGGAUACUGUAUGUCAAUGUUUCAAUGCAACUGUCUGCCCAGAAAACUAACAACACAAUCAUGACAAGACAGCUUGAGGAACUUACAGCCAAUUGCACUGGAGUUAGAGAACAUCUCCACAUCAACAAUACUGUUUCUGUACCAGUCAAGAUUGAGGAACUUACAGCCAAUUACACCAGAAUUAGAGAACAACUGUCCUUUUAUGAAGCAUUUAUGCAGUCUUUGAACUGUAACAUGAGCUUGACAACUUUUAAAGGAAAGUUGUACUUCUUCAGCUCUAAUAAACAGAACUGGUCAAGCAGUCGUGCUUUCUGUGUUUCAAAAGGAGCCGAUCUUGUCACAAUAACCAGCCAAUCAGAACAGAGGUUUCUGGCUUCUAAAAUGAAAGAACAGCACUGGAUUGGUCUGAAUGAUCUGGAAACUGAAGGACACUGGGUUUGGGUGAAUAACCAAACUCUCAACGAAACUGGAGUACAGUUUUGGUACAAGAGGGUAUCUGAGAAAAGUGAACCUGAUAACUGGAAAAAAGAUGAUCCCACUGGAGAAAACUGUGCAAUUAUGAACGAUUUGAAAAGUUGGUCUGAUGUUUCUUGCAAUUAUCAGAUUAAGUUUAUCUGUGAAAAGAAAUAGGCCUACUAAUUUACCUCCAUCAGCAGUGUUAAUUACCUAAAUGAGGUCUAUUUUUUUACACUCUAAAAAAUGCUGGGUUUAAAACAAACCAACUUGGGUUAUUUGGCAACCCAGCGCUGGGUAAAUAUUGGACAGAACACAUGCUGGGUUAUUUUGACCCAGCUGGUUGGGUUAAUCGUUUUUACCCACCAUGCUGGGUUGUUUAAGUAAUCUAUUGUAAUAAAUUUGAUACUUUUGGUGCUUUGGUGU